AAGCUGGUAGAUCCACCGGCAGCGACCCUAUUCACUUUCUCCAUGAGAGACUUCUCCUCUAAGCAUUAACCAUCCGCCCGCUUAACCACACCAAUUCUCUCUCUUUUACUGUCAUCUCCAUUUCGAAUGCACCGUUUCUCUAAGAUCUGAUUCAUAUUCGAUUUCACCGCUCCGCUAGGGAUUCCGAUUUCCAUCGCUAGCGGCUAGCUCCAGAAUUGGAGCAAAAUGUUGACGAAGUUCGAGACGAAGAGUAACCGAGUGAAGGGGCUGAGCUUCCACAGUAAGCGGCCAUGGAUCCUGGCCAGUCUUCACAGUGGCGUGAUCCAGCUCUGGGACUACCGGAUGGGCACCCUCAUUGAUCGGUUCGACGAGCAUGAUGGCCCUGUUCGCGGCGUUCACUUCCACAAUUCUCAGCCUCUCUUCGUAUCUGGAGGUGAUGAUUAUAAAAUCAAGGUAUGGAAUUACAAGCAACAUAGGUGUUUGUUUACCCUCCUUGGACAUCUCGAUUACAUCCGGACUGUCCAGUUUCACCAUGAAUCCCCCUGGAUUGUUAGUGCUAGUGAUGACCAGACAAUCAGGAUAUGGAAUUGGCAGUCUCGUACAUGUAUUUCUGUCUUGACUGGUCACAACCAUUAUGUGAUGUCUGCAUCAUUUCAUCCCAAAGAGGAUUUGGUUGUCUCAGUAUCUCUGGAUCAGACCGUUCGAGUCUGGGACAUUGGGGCCUUGAGGAAGAAAACAGUUUCCCCUGCUGAUGACAUCCUGCGAUUGAGUCAGAUGAAUUCAGAUUUCUUCGGUGGGGUUGAUGUUGUGGUGAAGUAUGUCUUAGAAGGACAUGAUAGAGGUGUUAAUUGGGCUUCAUUUCAUCCCACCCUCCCCCUAAUUGUGUCUGGUGCAGAUGAUCGGCAAGUGAAAAUUUGGCGAAUGAAUGAUACAAAAGCUUGGGAAGUGGACACAUUGAGGGGCCACAUGAACAAUGUUUCCUGUGUUUUAUUUCAUGCAAGGCAAGAUGUUAUUGUUUCAAAUUCGGAAGAUAAAAGCAUCCGUGUAUGGGAUGCUACAAAAAGGACUCCUCUUCAGACUUUCCGCAGGGAGCAUGACAGGUUCUGGAUCCUUGCAGCUCAUCCAGAGAUGAAUCUUCUAGCAGCUGGGCAUGACAGUGGGAUGAUAGUGUUCAAGCUAGAGAGAGAGCGCCCUGCAUUUUCUGUGAGUGGAGAUUCUCUGUUUUAUGUUAAAGACCGGUUCCUUCGUAUCUAUGAGUAUUCAACUCAGAAAGACACACAGUUGAUACCAAUUCGUAGGCCUGGUUCAAACAGCUUAAAUCAAGGUCCCCGAACCCUUUCAUACAGUGCUACUGAAAAUGCUGUCUUAAUAUGUUCAGAUGUGGAUGGGGGUUCUUAUGAACUAUAUGUUGUGCCCAAAGACAGUUAUGGGAGGGGUGAUACAGUUCAAGAUGCAAAGAGAGGAAGUGGAGGAUCAGCAGUGUUUAUUGCUCGGCAGAGGUUUGCGGUGCUUGAGAAGAGUACCAAUCAAGUUCUAGUCAAGAAUCUCAAAAAUGAAAUUGUCAAGAAAAGUAUUCUUCCAAUUGCUACUGAUGCAAUAUUUUAUGCUGGGACUGGAAAUGUACUGUGCCGGGCAGAGGACAGGGUGGUGAUAUUUGAUCUCCAGCAGCGGAUUGUACUUGGAGAUCUUCAAACAUCUUUUGUUAGGUAUGUUGUUUGGUCAAAUGACAUGGAGAGUAUUGCUUUGCUUGGCAAACAUUCUAUUGUCAUAGCUGAUAAAAAGUUGGUGAAUCGCUGCACGCUUCAUGAGACCAUUCGUGUUAAGAGUGGAGCCUGGGAUGACAAUGGAGUUUUCAUAUAUACAACACUGACCCACAUUAAGUAUUGCCUUCCUAAUGGGGAUAGUGGAAUUAUCAAGACCUUGGAUAUCCCAGUAUAUAUUACUAAAAUCUAUGGGAACACCAUUUUUUGCUUGGACAGAGAUGGGAAAAACCGUCCCAUUAUCAUAGAUUCAACUGAGUACAUUUUCAAGCUAUCCUUGCUAAAGAAGAGAUAUGACCAGGUUAUGAGCAUGAUUAAGAACUCAGAACUCUGUGGGCAAGCAAUGAUUGCCUAUUUGCAGCAGAAAGGCUUUCCAGAAGUUGCUCUCCAUUUUGUGAAAGAUGAGCGUACUCGUUUCAACUUAGCUCUUGAGAGUGGGAACAUUGAGAUUGCACUUGAAUCUGCUAAGAAGAUAGAUGAGAAAGAUCACUGGUAUAGGCUAGGGGUGGAGGCCCUUCGCCAGGGUAAUGCUGGCAUUGUUGAGUAUGCAUACCAGAAGACGAAAAACUUUGAAAGACUAUCUUUUCUAUAUCUGAUAACUGGGAAUCUGGAGAAGUUAUCUAAGAUGAUGAAAAUUGCUGAGGUGAAAAAUGAAGUGAUGGGUCAGUUCCACAAUGCUUUGUACCUUGGAGACAUUCGUGAACGUGUCAAGAUUUUGGAAAAUGCUGGUCAUCUUCCCCUUGCCUACAUCACAGCCUCAGUCCAUGGGCUUAGUGAUAUUGCUGAGCGCCUUGCAGAAGAACUUGGUGGUAAUGUCCCUUCUUUGCCUAAGCAGAAGACUCAUUCUCUUUUGUUGCCCCAAAAACCUAUCUCUGGUGGAGGAGAUUGGCCUCUAUUGAUGGUUACUAAAGGAAUAUUUGGAGGUGCUUUGGAUAUUGGAAACAGGGGUGCACAGGAGGACGAUGAAGAACCUACUGAUGCUGAUUGGGGUGAGUCAUUGGAUAUUGGUGAGGUUGAAAAUAUGCAGAAUGGUGACAUCAAUAUAGUCUUGGAGGAGGUGGAAGGUCAAGAAGAAAAUGACGAGGGAGGAUGGGACCUUGAGGAUCUGGAUCUGCCACCUGAUGCUGAGACACCUAAGGCUGCUCCUAAUGCACGCUCUUCUGUUUUCAUUGCCCCAACCCCUGGUAUGCCCGUGAGCCAGAUUUGGGUGCAAAAAUCAUCUCUUGCUGCCGAACAUGCAGCUGCUGGCAAUUUUGACACUGCAAUGCGGUUGCUGAACAGACAGUUAGGCAUUAGGAACUUCAAUCCUCUAAAACAAUUGUUUACUGAUCUCCACGUAGGCAGUCACACUUACUUGCUUGCCUCCGCUUCAGCCCCAGUGAUUUCAGUGGCUGUUGAGAGAGGUUGGAGUGAAUCAGCAAGUCCUAAUGUGCGAGGUCCUCCUGCUCUUGUUUUCAAUUUCUCUCAGUUGGAAGAGAAACUUAAAAGUGGUUAUAAGCUGACAACUCAAGGGAAAUUCUCCGAGGCCCUUCGAACUUUCCAGAGCAUCCUCCACACCAUUCCCCUGAUUGUUGUUGAGUCAAGACGAGAAGUGGACGAGGUUAAGGAACUGGUUAUCAUUGUCAAGGAGUAUGUUUUGGGUUUGCAAAUGGAGCUUAAGAGGAAGGAAACAAAGGACAACCCUGUUCGACAGCAAGAGUUAGCUGCCUACUUCACCCAUUGUAACCUCCAGGUUCCCCAUUUGAGACUCGCGUUACAGAAUGCCAUGACUGUGUGCUACAAGGCCCGCAACAUGAUGACAGCAGCCAACUUUGCUAGGAGACUCUUGGAGACCAAUCCGACUGUUGAAUCCCAGGCCAAGCUAGCCCGACAAGUUCUGCAGGCAGCUGAGAAAAACAUGCAAGACGCUUCACAGCUGAAUUACGACUUCAGAAAUCCUUUUGUCGUUUGUGGGGCAACAUACGUCCCUAUCUACCGUGGACAGAAGGAUGUCACUUGCCCCUACUGCAACGCUCAUUUUGUUCCAUCCCAAGAAGGGCAGCUUUGCUCUGUUUGUGAUCUUUCAGCCAUUGGAGCAGAUGCAUCCGGCUUACUUUGUUCCUCCGCACAGGUCAGAUGAUUGUAGCAUUUACCUGAAUUCUGCCGGUUAUAUUAUUCAGACAUUUCCUCGACAUUUAGAAUCUAGGAAUAUCAAAGGACAAGUUUUAAUCAGAUUGUAUUUCUUGUUUAUAUUUGUUUUGAGUUUUGUAGUUAAAUUUACAAACCUCUCUGAUUCCUCUAUUUUUUAUUGGUACAAACGCAAUGGUUGUGUAACCUUAGUCUACAAACGCAAUGGACUUGUCAACAUUUACUUCAGAUUGGAAGAACACUUUCUUUUUGUUGGUUACAUCAGACAAGUGAUAUGAGUUUUAAUUAUAAAUCUAUGAAUGUUUAAUUCAAA